AUGGACGAGAUCAAAUAUGAUAAGGCCAUAAAAGCUUGUGCUCUGGAUAAGGACAUUGAUAGUUUUGACCAUGGUGAUCUUACUGAAAUAGGCCUAAGGGGGUUUAACAUGAGUAGAGGACAGAAGCAGAGGAUUCAACUGGCUCGAGCUGUCUAUAGUGAUGCUGAUAUCUAUCUUCUUGAUGACCCCUUUAGUGCAGAUUGCGUCAUGGCCGCCCUAGCAAAGAAAACUGUAAUUCUGGUGACUCACCAAGUUGAAUUUAUCUCAGAAGUUGAUAAAAUUCUGGUAAUAGAGGGUGGACAAGUUACUCAAUCUGGAAGCUAUGAGAGUCUUUUGACAGUUGGAACAGCAUUUGAGCAGCUUGUGAAUGCUCAUAAAGAUGCAGUGACAACAUUGGGUCCUUCCAAUUAUCAAAGCCAAGGAGAAUCUGAAGAGGGAGAUAUGUUUCGGUGCAAGGAACCUCAUGGAGCUUACCUUACUGCAAAUAACAGUGAAGGGGAUAUUUCUGUGAAGGGUAUAGCUGGGGUGCAACUAACAGAAGAAGAAGAGAAAGAGAUUGGAGAUGUUGGAUGGAAGCCCUUUAGGGAUUAUAUAUUUGUUUCCAGAGGAACACUUCUUCUAUGGUUAGGCAUAAUAGCAGAGUCUUUUUUUAGUAGUCUUCAGGCUGCUGCAACUUAUUGGCUAGCUCCAGGCAUUCAAAUUCCUAAACUCAUUGGUGUUUAUGCUGCAAUUUCAGCACUUACUGCUGUCUUUGUAUAUCUUAGGUCAUUUUUGGCUGCCCAUAUGGGAUUGAAAGCUUCUAGAGCCUUUUACUCUGGUUUCACUGAUGCUAUCUUCAAGGCUCCCAUGCUGUUCUUUGACUCAACCCCUGUAGGGAGGAUUUUAAUACGAGACUAUUAUCUAGCCUCUGCAAGGGAACUAAUAAGGAUCAAUGGAACAACCAAAGCUCCUGUUAUGAACUAUGCAUCAGAGACCUCACUCGGAGUUGUCACUAUAAGAGCCUUUAAGAAGGCGGACAGGUUCUUCCACAACUACUUAGAGCUAGUUGACACAGAUGCCAGAUUGUUCUUUCAUUCUAAUGCAACGAUGGAAUGCUUAUCCAACUACAUUAUCUCGGUUGAAAGGAUAAACCAAUUCAUGCAAAUUGCACCAGAGCCUCCUGCAAUUGUGGAGGACAAGAGGCCAGCAUCUUCAUGGCCUCCGAAGGGUAGGAUAGAGCUGUAUUCUCUGGAGAUCAAAUAUCAUCCAAAUGCUCCGCUAGUUCUCAAGGGAAUUACGUGCACAUUCAAAGAAGGCACGAGAGUAGGAGUUGUGGGAAGGACAGGAAGCGGAAAAACUACACUCAUAAGUGCUUUGUUUCGCUUAGUAGAGCCGGCCAGUGGUAAAAUCAUUAUAGAUGGACUUGACAUCUCCUCUAUGGAUCUAAAAGACAUGAGAAUGAAGCUCAGCAUCAUCCCUCAAGAACCAACUCUUUUCAGGGGAAGCAUCCGAACCAACUUGGAUCCACUAGGCCUUUACUCCGAUGACGAAAUAUGGAGGGCUCUAGAAAAGUGUCAGCUCAAGGCAACAGUCAGCAAGCUACCUAGUCUGCUAGACUCAUCUGGUAAGUUUAUGAUGUUUCCAACAAACAAAUGA